UCGCGCUGCUGCUGCCGCCGCAACCCAAAAUUUCGAAUUCUCCCUCUUCGUCUCCCACCCCGCUCCUCCUCCCAAAUCGCACUCCCCUCGCCGGAGAAAUUUUGAAAUCCCCCCCUCCCGCCUCCCGCCGCCAUGUCGUCGCGGCAGGACAAGGAGAAGGCGGUGAACGUGCAGGUCCUCCUCCGUUGCAGGCCGUUCAGCGACGACGAGCACAGGAGCAACGCGCCGCAGGUGGUCACCUGCAACGACUACCAGCGGGAGGUCGCCGUCACGCAGACCAUCGCCGGCAAGCAGUUCGACAGGGUCUUCACCUUCGACAAGGUUUUUGGGCCCACAGCAAAGCAGAGGGACUUGUAUGACCAGGCGAUUAUCCCGAUUGUAAAUGAGGUCUUGGAGGGUUUCAAUUGCACCAUCUUUGCGUAUGGCCAAACGGGCACAGGAAAGACAUAUACCAUGGAAGGCGAGUGCAGGAGAGCCAAGAGCGGACCAAAGGGUCAGUUACCUGCAGAUGCUGGGGUCAUACCUAGGGCAGUUAAGCAAAUUUUUGAUACCUUGGAGAGGCAGAAUACUGAGUACAGUGUUAAGGUCACGUUCCUGGAGCUCUACAACGAGGAAAUCACAGAUCUUCUUGGACCGGAGGAGAUACCUAAGGUUGCUCUAGAAGAUAGGCAGAAGAAGACCUUACCUCUUAUGGAGGAUGGGAAGGGUGGAGUGCUCGUGAGAGGUCUCGAGGAAGAAAUUGUCAUGAAUGCUGAUGAAAUAUUCUCUCUGUUGGAAAGAGGGUCUGCAAAGCGUCGCACCGCAGAGACACUGUUGAACAAGCAAUCGAGUCGGUCGCACUCCCUUUUCUCAAUCACCAUCCACAUAAAAGAGGCAACCCCUGAAGGAGAAGAACUGAUAAAAUGUGGGAAGUUAAAUCUAGUUGACUUGGCUGGGUCUGAGAACAUCUCCCGUUCUGGAGCUAGGGAGGGACGUGCAAGGGAGGCGGGCGAAAUAAAUAAAAGCUUGCUUACUUUGGGCCGUGUGAUUACGGCAUUGGUCGAGCACCUUGGACAUGUCCCUUACAGGGAUAGCAAACUCACAAGAUUGCUACGUGAUUCGUUAGGAGGAAGGACUAAGACUUGCAUUAUUGCUACUGUUUCACCCUCCGUGCAUUGCCUAGAAGAAACCUUGAGUACAUUAGAUUAUGCGCACCGGGCAAAGAGCAUCAAGAACAGACCUGAGGUAAACCAGAAAAUGAUGAAAACAACAUUAAUCAAAGAUCUUUAUGGUGAAAUUGACCGACUUAAAGCAGAGGUAUAUUCUGCCCGAGAAAAAGUAGGAGUGUACAUUCCCAAAGAAAGAUAUCAGCAGGAGGAAAAUGAGAGAAAGGCAAUGGCGGAUCAGAUUGAACAAAUGACUGCUUCCUUGGAAGCAAACCAGAAGCUAAUUAGUGAUCUGCAACAAAAGUACAAUUCGGAGCUUCAACAUUCUGCUGAUAUGAGCAAAAAGCUGGAAGUCACAGAGAAAUGUCUGGACCACACAAGCAACCUGCUCUCGAUGACGAAAGAAGAUCUGAAACAGGCCCAAUAUAAUAUGAAAGAGAAAGAUUUCAUAAUUUCAGAGCAGAAAAAAGCAGAAAAUGCCCUAGCACAUCAAGCUUGUGUUCUGAGAUCAGACCUGGAGAAAUUUAGUCGUGAUAAUGCUUCACUCUAUUCAAAAAUUGCUAAGGGAGAGAAGCUAAGUGCCACAAAUAGGUCAGUGGUAAACUCAUUUCAAACUGACCUUGCUUCGAAGUUGGAUAUUCUCUCCAAUACUCUCAAUGCAUCCGUAGACCAACAAAAUAAGCACCUAAAGUCUGUGGAGGACCUAUGCCAAUCUUGUGUUGAUUCCCACGAUAAGGCCACCUCGGAGCUGAAAAAGAAGAUUUUGGCUUCCAAAUCAUUAUACAUGUCACAUAUGGAAGCCUUCCAAAAUGUUGUGCUCUUACAUAAAGCAAACGCAAAUGCCACACUUGAGGAUAUAUCAUCCCUGUCCGCUGCAAGCUGUUGCAGUCUUGAUCAGCUACUAUCUUGUGUUGAGGGGGAGGCACAAAAUAUAUUUAUUGACAUCCAGAAUUUGUUAACCACCCACCGAAGUGAAAUGACACACUUCACUCAAGAAUUAAGGGAGAGUUUCCGAAUUAGCUUGGACAGGGCGAGAGAGAUGUCUAACUUCAUUAUUGGGCUCUUUGACAAGUACGUUGAGGAAACCUCCAAGUUGCAUAGCCACUCAAACAAUACUCAUGAAGCACAAAUGAAAAGCCUUGAAGAUUUUCAGAAGGCUUAUGAGGAACAAUCAAAAUUGGAGGAACAGAAGCUUCUGGCGGACAUUAGCAGUUUGGUGUCUAAACAUGUUACUCGACAAAGGGAGCUGGUGGGUGUUAAAUUAAACUCUCUGGGUGAUGCUGCCCGUGGAAACAAGGCAUUUUUGGAUGAGCACACAUCCACCAUGGAGUUUGUCACAAAGGACGCUAAGAGGAAGUGGGAAAUAUUUGCCGAGCAGGCGGAGAAUGACUGCAAAGUUGGCUCCAGCUUCUCUGCAGCUAAGCACUGUCGCAUGGAAACCAUGUUGCAGGAGUGCACAUGCACUGUUGACUCCGCUGUUCAGCAAUGGAAGAAGUCACAUGCUGCUGUUAAUGAUCUCAGCAGACAACAAGUAGCUGAAGUUGAAGCACUCGUCAGGACCGGAAUUGAGAACAAUGAGCAACAUGAAGCGGAGAUUGCAUCAUCUCUAGCUGUGGCUGAAGAACAUGCAUCCAUUAGCAGCAAGGACAUAACCCAGGACAUCGACAAUCUACUGGAUGAGGCACGUAAUUCGAGUUCAAUGGUGGUGUCAACGGUUGAGGCUCACUUUGCUGAGCUGCAGCAGCUGCAAGAGAACCAUUCCGGCCAGGCUGCCGGCAUCAACACGCACGCUGACAAGGCUUUCCAAAGCAGUUACAAGGAUUACGAGCCCACCGGUGAAACCCCGGCAAGGUCUGAGCCUGAGGUUCCGAGCAAAGGCGCCAUCGAGUCGCUGCGGGCGAUGCCCAUGGAGUCCCUGAUGAACGAGUUCCGCGAGAACCACCCUUACGAAUCGAGCAAAGAGCCCAGGCCGUCGCUCAUCCCUCGCUCGCCGCUCGCGACACUCAACUGAGACCACGGAAGCCGCUGUUGUGAUACAUAAUCACAUCCCUGUGUGCAGUGUAAUCUUAUUAGCCGGUAAUGGUGUCCUUGUUGUGCUAGGUUAAUUGUGGGGUGUGAGCUGCCUUGGCUUACCCCGGUCCAUUUCUGUUCCCAUUACAUAAUCUGUAGCAUUUUGUUCUGUGAUACUCAUUUGAAUGGCAUGAAACAUUGCUUUGGAAUUUUGAAAGUUGCAUUGCAUUGCAUUGUGCCAAUAAGUGAUAGCGUUUUGAGCGUUGCACAAAAAAGAAGAAGAUAGGGUUUAAGAGCAUCUCCAAUUAAC